AUGGAAGAUAGAACCCCACUUAAAGGAAAAUUAUUUAAAAGGAUCCUUUCAUUCCAUGAAGCAAUGCUCGUCAGAAGACGAAUCUAUAAAGAACUUAAGCAAAAAAACCUAUCUGAAGAACUGGAAUAUGAUCUCUACAGAUCCUCUAUUAUUGCUUUACUAUCUACUUUCUCUGCAAUCUAUAUAUUUCGAAAAGAAGGGUUUCUAGGCAAAUUCUUAGCUGGCGGGCUUACAUUUAGCAUAAGUUUUACCACUUUAGAGCUUUUUUAUGAAGAAACCUUUUACUAUCGCCUUGGACUUCAAGACACCCCAGCCGGAAAAAUCAUAAGAAAAAUCUACUUCGAGUCUCUUCCAGGCAGCAAGCCAAUAAAAGCUUUCAGGCAAAAAGAAAAAGAAUACAAAGAAUUCAAUGAAAAUUUUAGGUACAGAGAAGACCCAAUGAAAAAGUUUAUGGAAUAUGCAUUAAAAAACGAUGUAAUUAACGAAAUUAAGUAG